GAAAAAGUCUUCACCCCUCUCACCUUCUUCCACUUGUCACCACACUCUCUUGCUGUAAAAGAACACAUGCAUUUCUCUCUCUCAUCCACAAAUACUCCAACUAAAAACUAGGACUACUAGUCCUUAAUUUUCACCGUACAACCCCUUAACAACUAUCACUACAAGAACAAGCACCACCCUUGUUUCAUUUUUAACUAACUCACUUCCUCCUCCUCUCAUCUACUUGUCUCUUUUUCUCUCCUCUCCUCUCCCUCACUCGCUUUCUUCUCUUUCUUCUUUUUUUAUGGCUUUGAUAUCGGAUCAACAAUCAAACUUCAAGCACUUCUGUAAAAUUUGCAAGAAAGGUUUUGGUUGUGGGAGAGCUUUGGGAGGUCACAUGAGGGCUCAUGGCAUAGGAGAUGAAAGUGGUCACAUGGAUGAUGAUGACCAAGCAAGUGAUUGGGAAGAUAGGUUGGGUGGAAAUGUGCCACCAAGCAACAAACGCAUGUAUGCCCUAAGAACAAACCCUAAUAGGCUAAAGAGUUGUAGGGUGUGUGAGAAUUGUGGCAAAGAGUUCUUGUCAUGGAAAUCUUUCCUUGAACAUGGAAAAUGCACCUCUGAGGAUGCUGAGUCCUUAGUCUCCUCUCCCGGGUCCGACGCCGACGAUGGUGACAUCGGUGGUGGCGGCCGGAGAGGAUGUGGAUGGUCCAAAAGUAAAAGGUCGUUGAGAACUAAGGUUGGUAGCUUCAAUUACAAUUGCCCAUCAAGCGAGGAAGAAGACCUUGCAAAUUGUUUAAUGAUGUUAUCCAAUGCCAUUGUAGAUCCUCUUGUAGCCGAGCCUGAAGAAUCUUGUGCAUCAGCUAGCAAAGAGGAAGAACAAAGAAGAAAUUCCAUGAACUUCAUUGCACCAUUGUCAUACAAAGCUAACUACAACAACAACCUUGUUGAUAACAAGACCAAAGGAGUUGCCAAGGGCUUGUUUGAAUGCAAAGCAUGCAAGAAGGUUUUCAAUUCCCACCAAGCAUUGGGUGGCCAUAGAGCAAGCCACAAAAAGGUCAAGGGUUGCUUUGCUGCAAGGCUAGACAACCUUGAUGACAAUCUCAUGGAGGAUGAUGUCAUCACACAUGAAGAGUUUUUCCCUACAAAAUCAAACUCCACCCUCCAAUUUGACCAUGGAAGCUCCAACCCCUCAUUGGCCUCUUCCUCCAAGAGAAAAUCCAAAGUGCAUGAAUGCUCCAUUUGCCAUAGGAGCUUCUCUUCGGGACAAGCAUUGGGGGGACACAAAAGGUGCCAUUGGAUCACUUCAAAUGCUCCUGACACCUCCACAUUAACAAGAUUUCAACAAUUCCAAGAGCACUUGGAUCAAAUACCCAAAUUUGAUACCUCUUCCGAGCCUCUUGAUCUCAAAUUAGACCUUAACCUUCCUGCACCCUCUAAUGACCUUGCAAGAAGGAAUGUGAACACAGAAUUUUACUUGCAGCCUUGGGUUGCAUCAAAGGAUGCUAAAGAUGAUAACAAUAAUAGCCAUUGUCAAAGUCUCCACAACCCUAAUAACAAUGUUGAUGUUGACAAUGAUGAGGACAAAAACAACAACAACAACAACUCAAUGCAAAACAUGGAUAAUGAAGCUGAUAGUAAGAUCAAGUUGGCGAAACUGAGUGAGCUAAAGGACAUGAAAGCUGGUGGCAGUUCUUCGCCAUGGUUGCAGGUGGGGAUCAGUUCAACUGCUACUGAUGUGGAAACUGAUAACUGCUGAAGAUAUUUUGACAAAGCAAAGCAUUUUGAGGAUCGCAUUUGGCAAUUGCCUUGAAGUUUUCUCUUUUCUUCUUUUACUAUAUAAACAUAGAAAACGUAAGUACUUAUACGGAGAUUAUCAAAUCAUCAAAA